CAUUCCCGUAGCUGAAAAUUGAAUUGAAUUUUCCAAAGAAAAGCGAAUACUUUCUUCCGUUUGAUUGAAUCUCUGUAAAAAAAUCUAUUACUUGGAACUGUGUUUUAAUUACCAUGGGCUAGAUCAAUGCAGUUUUCUUACCGGACAAGUGUUACCUUGGCGGGAGAAGUUUUGUCGCGAACGCAGUCGAUUUGGCGGUUGACACUACGAUAAGCUUAUCUGAAAAGACUCCUAUUUGUUGCUUGUUAUUAACUAAUUUUGUUUGAAAUGCCGUCUCCAAAUAUUGCUAUAGAGGAUGUUGAUGCCUAUUCAGAUUCAGGCUCAACCAUCUCUCUUGCAAGUUGUGGUUCUGGUGGUAAUGAAUUUUCUCCAAGACCCCCAAGAGAUGGCUCAGUAAGAUCAAAGUCAGUGAAAGGCCGGCGCUCAAAAAUUUCAAACACAUCACGUUCCCCAUAUGCAUCAAGACAGCAGAUUCCAUCAAGAAAAAGUGAACUUGCAUCAAAGUCAAUGGGAAGGAAUCUAUGGAUGACAGCAAUGAAAAAUGGCACAGGAUCAUUGAGCACUAAUAAUACAGCCAUGAAUACUUGGGCWGGUGCAAGACCUUCUCAYGCCAAUAAAAAGAGGCCUGGAUCAAGAACAAGAAAUUUCAGUGAUGUUGUUGAUCUGACUGACGGAAAGAGUAAAUUCUUUUCCAAAAGUGCAACCAUGUCUUACAGUGAGCCAUAUGCUACUUCAGGUGGACCAGCAUUAAAACCUGCAGAAGAUUACUAUGAUGAAAUUAUUGAAUUAAAGAAGAUAAUUAAUUUAUUGAAAGAAGAAAACAAUAAGGUCAAUACAAAAUUACAUCGUGUCGAACAAGAAAAUGUUUUGAAGGAUCGGCAAAUAGAGGACCUCUUGAACUCAAGAAAGCAGCCUGAAGAUUUGAGAAGAACUUUGACUGACAAAAGAGGAGAUUCCAGUUCAAUUGUUACAAGCUUAAAACAGAAGCUCCAUGCUGUUGAGAGAACAGUCAAAGAAAAAGAAGGAGAAAUAAAUAAAAUGAAGAGAGACCUAAAGACUACAGAUGUUGAAGAACUAAAAAUUCAGUCUGAAGUGUACUAUCAAGAAGUGCAAAGGUUACAGUUGACUUUACUCCAGUUACAACAAGAACGAAUGGAUGAGUUGUAUGCUGAAGAUGAUAUGCCAUCAUCAAGAUUUGACAAAUCACCUGUUAGUGUACCUCAACAAAAACUACAAAAGGAUAUUGAAAUUCUUAAAGCUGAAAACAAAAGUCUAAAAAAAGAACUGAUAUCAGCUGUAGAAAGCCAGUCCAAAGGUGAAGCAAAGCCAUUAAAAGUUGAAUAUGCUGACAUGACAAGAGGACAACUUCUUCAAACSAUACAUGAGCUAGAAGAGAGAGUUGAUGAAAUGGAAACUAAGGCAUCAAGUCUUCAAAAAGAAAAAAUGAACCAGAAUGACAGGAAAGGCUCCAAAAAGAAAACAAAAGAUCGUAAAAGUUCAGUUUCAAGCACCGCUAGUACUGUCGAGGAGAAGGAAUCAGAACUUAUGGAGGAAAAUGAAAAACAACGUAAAAUCAUUGAGAAGUUAAAAGAGGAUCGUACACACUACCGCUUAAUUGCAGAUGAUUUGAGAAAACAACUAAAAGAACGAGAAUCAGAACUUGAAGAAUUGCAACUGCAUCUUUCAAAAGACACAUCAGCAGGAGGUGGUGUCAGUUCUUCAGGUCGAAAGACAAGUGUGACUUCAACAUCAAGUCAGUACAGCCCAAGAAAGGAUUCAAUAACUGCAAAAGAAAGAGAGGAAAAGAUGGAGAGAGAGUUUCAGGAAUUCCAACAGCGACAUGCAGCUAAAGUUUUACAAAAACAAUGGAGGACUUACAAAGGGAGUAAGGGUGAACGUGAAGUCAGACAAAAGGCUGAAGAUGAAGCUGCCAAAACACUACAGCGAGAAUGGAGGAAACAUCUAAACAAGAAAGAAUCCUCAUCACAAAAUGAGGCAAUAACAGAUAUCCAAGCAGCUUUCCGUGGUCAUUUAACAAGGAAAGAAAGGUUAAACAGAAUUCAACAGGAUGACAUGGAUUCAGAUGAUGCAAUAGUGGAUUUACAAUCUGCAUUAAGAGGGCACCUAACAAGAUCUAGAAACCGUGAGGAACCUGAAGAUGAUCAGUGGUCACGUGAUAUGUUAAGAGAUGGAGAAUUAUCAGAAUCAGGUGACUCUGACAACGACAUAGUCAUUGGUAAUAAACCACCAACAUCAGGCUACAGAAAGYUAUCUUCACAMAGCUCUGAUAAAUCACCUUUCUCUGCCAAGAAAAGAUCAAGUUUYACAGGUCUUACGAAGCAGAUCAACCCACAACGAACGAUCGACGAAGCCCCCGAAGACAGCRACGAUGACAUCGUUGUCUCUAGUCGUGCGCACAGCAAACCUUCCACUUCACGUCACGUGACAUCCUCACGYGAUCGACCUGCCAAGCCAAGUCGUUACGAAAUCGUGGAUAGCGACGAAGAUGAAGAGGAGGUCAUUGUUUCGACCAAAAGUACAGCAAGGAACUCUGCCAGGAGUUCAGUUAAGUCUGACCGUGGAGGAUCAACGAAAGGAAAACAAAGGCUUGAUGAUGGUAAAACUAAGAYCCAGUCUCUUAAAAAAGUUCAGAGAAACCAACAGCGUGACCUCGAGGAGUCUGAGGACGAUAGUGAGGAAGAUGACGUAGUUGUUACGCCAUCGAAGUCUGGUGGAUUCGGCUCGAGAGGUUCUUCAUCGAAAUAUAGUAAAACGUCAACACCCAAGCGUGGAUCGCUAGUCGAUAGUCUUCUUGCUCCAGCACCUCGAUCGUCGAUGGACAAUAGAGGAAGGAAGUUAAUAAUACAGGAUGAUGAUGAUGAUGAUGAUGAUGAUGAUGAUGAUGAUGAUGAUGAUGAUGAUGAUGAUAUUGUUCUAAGUUCCUUCAGCAAAAGAAGCAGUAGAUCAAGUUCUACUUCGAAGAAAAAAGAUUCACUGGCAAGCCUGUGGUCGGAUCCGAAACCAAAAAAGAAGAGUUCCUUUGGAUUUAGUUCGUUUGAAGAUGAUUUCUCUUCGAAAAAACGCAACACGUCAAGUCUCGAUGAAUUUUUUUAAUGAUCGUACAAAAAGUGAUAUACUCUCAAACAAUAACACAGGAAGCCCGAAAACAAAUAUGGUGAUUCGCAUCAGGAUAGCGGUCAACAAUGUAUAUGAAUAUUAAUAUGUUCAGAUGUACAUAUAUUUAAAUCAUAAAGUAAAACUUGAAACUGAAACUGAAACUGAAAUACAAAAUCGCUGUGCAUUGUGGUCUAGCUUCGAAUGAACAUGUGAUGUUUGUACUGAAUUUAUUUUAGACCACAAUGCAAUGCGUAAUGUUGUUUCUGAAAAGGYURUUCKACUCGUACGUGUUAAUAUGCUCGACCAUCUGAAACCACCAAACAAAAUGUGAUUUUCAUACAAGAUAAGAUAACUAAAUAGCUUGUGUUAGCGAGUGUUUCUAGUUGUCAAACAGUCGUGAUGAAAUCAUGAAUUCUCAAAUAUAGAUUCUUCAAUAAAUAUAAUCAAACCGUGGAA